AUGGCGACUCGUACAGGCGGCUGGGAUAGCAUUCUCAAGGUCUGGGCACCAAACAACUACACUCGUACAUGUUAUAAUCUUUCUGCAGCAACAAACCUCAAGACAAGUUUGUCCCUCGCGGACGGGGUCCUGCGACCAACAGCUUGGUCCGUGCAGCCCGUUGGCUCUCCAAUUGACAAGCACAGCGCAUCAGCCAACACCGUCGGGGGUCCAGGCCAAUGA